AUAUGGUUGCGCGCAGCACUAGCUGCUGAGGAUUGUGUAGUUUAAUUUAGCUACCACAGUUUGCAGCGAUGCUACGUUUGUUCGUAACUAUUUUGGUUUUCACAGGUGGGGUGUCUACUUCUGAUAGUAGAGCCUCGCAGGAUGUCCACAGUCCCAGUGAGAAGUAUCUCAUGUCGAUAUGGCACAACAGGCUGUACGUGUAUUCAGCUGCUGCACUGCUGUUCGGGAUCUGGUUCUCCCUGAAGGUGGCACUGAAGAACAAAAGCUUCUCUAAAGAUGCCAGCUGGGUCCGCAAAGCUGAACAGAAGAAGAACGACAGCUCUGACAGAGACACUGAGGUCCAUGUGUUGGGAGUUAAGAUCUUCUACGGCUCACAAACUGGAACUGCAAAGGGGUUUGCAAACGAGCUGUCAGAGGAGGUGAAGACUUUGGGAAUACCGGCGGAGGUGAUUGACAUGAAAGACUACGAUCCAGAUGAUCAACUUGCCGAUGAGUGCAUCAGUAAGUCGGUCUGCGUGUUUCUUGUGGCCUCCUACACUGAUGGACAGCCCACUGAGAACGCUGAGUGGUUCUGCAAGUGGCUGGAAGAGGCAUCCACUGACUUCAGAUACGGGAAAACCUACCUCAAAGGCCUCAGAUAUGCAGUGUUUGGUCUUGGAAACUCUGUCUACGUUGGCCACUAUAAUACGGUGGGUAAAAACGUGGACAAGUGGCUGUGGAUGCUGAGCGGGAUGCGAAUCAUGACCAGGGGAGAAGGCGACAGUAACGUGGUGAAGAGCCGUAACGGCAGCGUCCAGGCAGACUUUCAGGCUUGGAAGGUCAAGUUUCUGAACCGCCUGCAGGCUCUGGCCAGAGGAGAGAAGAAGAGCUGCAGUGGGAACUGCAAGACGGGAGGCUCCUGCAAGAACAAGAAGAAAGAAAAACAGGAGGAGGAGGAGAAAGCUGCUGCACGGAAUAACAGCUCCGAGGAGGAACUGAUAGAAUCCAGCAGUGACGAAGACGAGUCCGGCCCGUCAGGAGAGAGAAAAUCUGGUUCAGUGGUGGACAUGGAGGAUCUGGGCAACAUCAUGAACAGCGUCAAGAAAGCAAAGGGUAAAGGGGAGCUUCAAGGAGACGGCCAGAUGGUGAAGCUGUCCAAACUGAACGGAGUGAAGAAGGCCGAAGAUGAAGAGGAGAGACGAGAGAUGAUCACCCCGGCCCUCAGAGAAGCACUCACAAAGCAAGGAUAUAAACUAAUUGGAAGUCACUCAGGAGUGAAGCUUUGCCGAUGGACUAAGUCUAUGUUACGUGGGAGAGGAGGCUGUUACAAGCACACUUUCUACGGCAUCGAGUCCCACCGGUGCAUGGAGACUACGCCCAGCCUCGCCUGUGCCAACAAGUGUGUCUUCUGCUGGAGACAUCACACCAACCCUGUGGGCACAGAGUGGCGCUGGAAAAUGGACCCCGCAGAGAAAAUCCUGCAGGACGCCGUGGAGAAGCACCAGACCAUGAUCCGACAGUUUAGAGGUGUUCCUGGAGUGAAGCCUGAGAGGUACGAAGAAGGCUUGUCAGUCAAGCACUGUGCCCUCUCCUUGGUGGGAGAGCCAAUCAUGUACCCCGAAAUUAACGCCUUCAUUCGCCUCCUCCACGUCCACUGCAUCUCCAGUUUCCUGGUGACCAAUGCACAGUUCCCCCAGGAAAUCAGGAGCCUGGUGCCGGUUACCCAGUUGUACGUUAGUGUUGAUGCGAGCACCAAAGACAGCCUGAAGAAGAUUGACCGUCCACUUUUCAAGGACUUCUGGCCUCGCUUCCUGGACAGCCUUAAGGCCCUGGGAGAGAAGAGACAGAGGACAGUGUACAGACUGACGCUGGUGAAGGCCUGGAACGUGGAGGAGAUGCAAGCCUACUCGGAGCUCAUCGCUUUGGGCCAACCAGACUUCAUUGAGGUCAAG